AUGGCUCCCGCUGCUCGUACCAAGAAGCCCCAGAAGGUCACGAACAAGUUCGUGAUCAACGCUUCUCAACCCGCCAGCGACAAGAUCUUCGACGUCUCUGCCUUUGAGAAGUUCCUCCACGACCGCAUCAAGGUUGAGGGCCGUGUUGGCAACCUCGGCGACAGCGUCCAGAUCUCCCAGUCCGGCGAUGGCAAGAUCGAGGUCGUCACCCACAUUCCCUUCUCUGGUCGCUACCUGAAGUACCUGACCAAGAAGUUCCUCAAGAAGCAGCAGCUCCGUGACUGGCUCCGUGUCGUCUCCACCUCCAAGGGUGUCUACGAGCUCCGCUUCUACAACGUCGUCAACGACGAGGCCGAUGAGGAGGAGGACUAA